AUGGACCGGACGGACAGGAUGGCCGGGAGCGGCGCAGACUCGCUCCGGGCGUCCGCCUUCAUCCCGGUGUGCACCGCCGCCUGCCUCCUAGUGGGUUCCACUUCGCUCUUCUUCGUCUUCACAUGCCCAUGGUUGGCAGUGACCAUCUGCCCUGCCGUGCCUCCAUGCUGCGCCGCCCUUUUCCUUUUCGUGCUGGCCAACUUCACCAUGGCUACGUUUACGGAUGCUGGCGUUCUCCCCAUGGCUGAUGAAGACGAGGACAAGGAUGACGAGUUAAGGGCGCCCCUCUACAAGAAUGUGGACGUGAGGGGCAUCCAAGUGCGGAUGAAGUGGUGCGCCUCCUGUCACUUCUACAGGCCGCCGCGAUGUUCACACUGCAGCGUGUGCGAUCGCUGUGUAGAGGAUUUUGACCACCACUGCCCAUGGGUGAACAACUGCAUCGGGAGGCGCAACUACCGCUACUUCUUCCUCUUCCUGCUGUCCCUCACCGGUCACAUGGUUUGCGUGUUAAGCUUCGGCCUGGUCUUUGUGCUCCACCACUCGGACCAGCUUUGGAAGCUGCACUGCACAGUCACUUUGGUCGUGAUCAGCAUAUCGGGCCUGUUUCUCUUCCCUGUUCUUGGCCUGACGGGCUUCCACCUCUUCCUGGUGUCCAGAGGACGCACUACCAAUGAACAAGUCACCGGGAAGUUUCAAGGGGGAGUAAACCCCUUCACACGUGGGUGCUGUAACAAUCUGGAAUACCUGGUGUGCAGUCCAAUCUCCCCAAGGUACUCAGCCAGACAUUGCAACAAGUCUGUGAUCCACAUUCAGCCUCCCUUCCUCAGACCCGAGCUUGACAGGCAUCUGUCAGUCAAAGUGAGAGACAACGGCAAACACAAUAGAGUUUCUGGCACACCGCAGAAGCAAAAAACUCCGCCACCUUUGCCGCCCAAACCGGAACACGGGCUGCUGAAAAGUCACCUGGCUGCAAUAGAAGAGAUGGGCCAUCACACUAAACCUAUCAUCCCGGUCUCCAUUCCCACCGUGCCUCAGCUGCGACCAGUUCUGGAGGCCAUUUCCCGAGGAUCGUCACCUCUUCCUCCAGAGCAGCUUCUGAAGACCUCAGAGCCACCAGGGGACAGCAAAGGUCCGGACCUGCGGUUGGAGACCAAUGGAAGCCCCCUGAGGGGAGCGUUGCCUCCCUCCUUGCCCCCCUCGCAGGCUGCCGCCCUCCCAGGGGUCAUGGCGCUCAGCUCGCGCACGCUCAGCCUCAAACACGGCGGAGCCGGCUGCCAUGUGAGUGCCAGCUACAACAGCGGCUCCAGCGACAACCUUAUCACCACCGCCGACCCCCAAUUUCGCCCCCAGAGAGGGGCCUCCGCGGUGGGCUACUUCAUGAGCCUAGGCCCGGACGUCGGCGCAGCGCAACGUGGCUCUCACACCUACAGCCCCAUCUUUGUGGGAGUGGCCCGGCAUUCGCCCCAGCCGCGCGAGUCGUCGCCUUCUUUGCAGGGUUUCUCCUCCCGAGAUCCCUCGCCUUCCUUCGCGGGGUACAUUCAAAGGGAGCCUUCGCCUGCUUUCCAGGGCCUCGUUUCCAGAGAGCUCAGCCCGGCCGGGCUACCAGCGAAGGCCCAAAGUCUUCGAGACGGCCUCCAGGACGUGUGUUUGACCCCUCAGAAGUCUGCCGUGGGGUCCCGCUUCGACAACCUCUCCAAAGCCCUGGUGGCUUCCAUUCAUGAGCGGCGCGAGAUGGAGGAGAGGGAACGGUCACUGCGCCUCCAUACCCGAUCCCAAGCCCUGUACGGGCCGGACGUCGGCGUCUAUGACAUCCCAUGCCGGCGAAGUCUACCGCCCGACACUGGCCGAGCGCAGGGCGUCCGCGGACCCACUCCGCCAGCGUACGGCUCUCGGGAAUUCCUUAUGAGCACGGGUGUCCUGGGGUGCGGCCCCAGGACGUCACAUCUGUCUGGCUCAUCCACGUCAUCGCUCGCCCGAGGCCCCAAAGCGCGCUCCUCCUCGCCUGGCUACUGCCCCUCUGAUAGACUGCCCGUCACUCCUUCCAUGUGCACUUUGCCCCGUUUACCCUCCUCCGCCAUGACGUCCUCCACCCCACCUUACACAUUUUACGGGACGGCCAAACGCUCCAUGCUCACCACCUCCUCCCGAGGGAAGGACUCGUGA